ACGAAAUGUGGCAAUUUGCAAUGUUGGCAGACGCUGGUUUGUCGAGGAGUGAGAACGAUGAGUCCAGUUCAUCUCAGACCACCUUAUCCGCUGUUGGUUCGCUCCAGAGGCCACACUGAACGGGGCCCCCUGUAUUAUGAAAUAUGGGAAUGGCCUGACAGGGAAAGCGGCUGGAGCGCACUUAGCCCAAAGUUUCAGAAGAAUAAUCUUCCUGCAUUACGAGAUUAUACUGGUUGUCAACCCACUGGUUACUUGGAUCCGGCUACAGAGCAGUUCGUUACCGUUCCUGAAAUGAUUCCGGAACUUGUAGUGCCAAAUCUGAAAGGUUUUAGGGUAAGUUUUAACUAG